AUGCGUGUCGUUUCUGCGAUAGAAAAAAGUUUAUGGACGUGUGCUGUUGAAUCGGCUUUAGAAUUUCAUCGUAUUGUUGAAGAAAUCUUUCCAGAUGGAACUCGUUUGCUAAGAUUCGUUAUUUCUGAUUUUGUUGGGCGAUUUUUAACAACGACAUGGGAUAGUCAAUUGGUUCCACUCUCUGAAGUAUUUUUUCUCUUUUUCCUUCAGUUCAAAAAAAAAGUUUAA